AUGUCGUUGCAAUUGCUGAAUCCCAAGGCCGAGUCGCUGAGAAGAGAUGCCGCGUUGAAGGUGAACGUCACCUCUGCCGAGGGUCUGCAGUCCGUGUUGGAGACCAACCUGGGCCCAAAGGGUACGCUGAAGAUGCUUGUAGACGGGGCGGGCAAUAUUAAGUUGACCAAGGACGGUAAAGUGCUGCUAACCGAAAUGCAGAUCCAAUCGCCCACGGCCGUGCUGAUCGCACGGGCCGCGGCCGCCCAGGACGAGAUUACCGGUGAUGGGACGACCACCGUGGUGUGUUUGGUGGGCGAGUUGCUCAGACAGGCGCACCGGUUCAUCCAGGAGGGUGUUCACCCACGUAUCAUUACUGAUGGGUUUGAGAUCGCGCGGAAGGAGUCGAUGAAGUUUCUAGAUGAGUUCAAGAUCAGCAAGGCGGAUCUCCCCAACGACAGAGAGUUUUUGCUACAGGUGGCUCGUUCUUCGCUAUUGACCAAGGUAGACGCGGAUUUGAGUGAAGUGUUGACCCCGAUUGUUACGGACGCCGUGCUUAGCGUUCACGACGUGGAGGCGGACAACCUGGACUUGCACAUGGUGGAGAUAAUGCAGAUGCAGCACUUGUCGCCCAAGGACACCACUUUUGUCAAAGGCCUGGUCCUCGACCACGGUGGUAGGCAUCCGGACAUGCCCAGCCGCGUGGAGAACGCGCACAUUUUGAUUUUAAACGUGUCAUUAGAGUAUGAGAAGACCGAGAUCAACUCGGGCUUCUUCUACAGUUCCGCGGACCAGAGAGACAAGCUGGCCGCCAGCGAAAGAAGAUUUGUGGACGCCAAGUUGAAGAAGAUCAUCGACUUGAAAAACGAGGUCUGCGGCAUGGACCCGCACAAGGGCUUCGUCAUCAUUAACCAGAAGGGUAUCGACCCCAUGUCGCUGGACGUCCUUGCCAAGCAUAACAUCCUGGCUUUGAGAAGAGCCAAGAGACGUAACAUGGAAAGACUGCAAUUGGUCACCGGCGGGGAAGCACAGAACUCCGUCGAGGAUUUGUCGCCUCAGAUCCUCGGGUUCUCCGGCCUGGUCUACCAAAAGACCAUCGGUGAGGAGAAGUUCACAUACGUCACGGAAAACACCGACCCUAAGUCUUGUACCAUCUUGAUCAAGGGUUCCACUCACUACGCUCUUGCUCAGACCAAAGACGCCGUGAGAGACGGGUUGAGAGCCGUGGCAAACGUCCUCAAGGACAAAAACAUCAUCCCCGGUGCCGGUGCAUUCUACAUCGCACUGGCAAGACACUUGAAGUCCGCUAACAUGAACAAACUUGGCGCCAAGGGUAAGACAAAGACCGGUAUCGAAGCCUUUGCGGAGGCCAUGCUUGUGAUCCCAAAGACGUUGGUGAAAAACUCCGGGUUCGACCCAUUGGACGUCCUUGCCAUGGUGGAGGACGAGUUGGACGACGCCCAGGACUCUGACGAAACAAGGUACGUUGGUGUAGACCUAAACAUAGGUGACUCGUGCGACCCCACUAUCGAAGGCAUCUGGGACUCCUACCGUGUCCUAAGAAACGCAAUCACGGGGGCCACAGGUAUUGCAAGUAACCUACUAUUAUGUGAUGAGUUGUUAAGGGCUGGUAGAUCCACUUUGAGAGAAGGUCCUCAGUAA